CAGGCGAUUGCGAUUGCCAACGGUGAGCGGAGCCGUGUCGACCCACAAAUCAAUGUGAUUUACCAUCAUUCAAUAUCAGUUUUCAAUUUCUCGGAGUCGGAUUUGAUAUCGGGUUUCUGUUUUCGGUUUUUGGAUAUUCAUUUCAAUUCGCGUAUUUCUUGUGCAAAAUGUCAUCAUUGGUAAUCUCAGCUGCCUGCGUGGCGCUUCUUCAAUUGUUCCUGCUACAGUUGGUCACUGGCAAGGAGUACAGCUGGUGUGAUCCUGAUCUCUGUGGUCCUGGUAUCAAACAUGUUGCUUGCCGCAACAAUGGCCACUUUCACAAACGCUGUCAGCCAGACUCCUAUGAGGUGGACAUUUCCCGACAUAAGGCCACUUUUGUACAUGCUCAUAAUAAGCGUCGCAACUUUGCGGCCUUGGGAAAACUGCCAGGUUAUUAUCCUGCCGCACGUAUGACCACCAUGGUUUGGGACGAUGAGUUGCAGUAUUUAUCAUCAUUGAAUGUGCGCACUUGUAUCUUGGAUCACGACGAUUGCCAUAAUACAUAUAGCUUUGCCAAUUCUGGACAGAAUCUGUGUGCUAUUUGGCGAGAUCGUAAUCCCAAUGUGAAUGUGACUAGUCUUAUUGAGGAAUCACUGGGACUGUGGUUCAACGAAUACCCAUUAAUCGAUAGCAGUUACAUUGACAGAUUUCGAGUAACAAAAUAUUUUGAGGACUAUGGUCACUUUGCGGAAAUGAUGGUGGAUCGUAAUUCUCGCAUUGGCUGUUCCAUAAUGCGCUUCACACGUCCCGAUUAUCCCUAUGUGUACAUCUAUAAUGUUGUCUGUAAUUACGCGUCUAUAUACGCCUUAGAUGCGCCCGUUUAUGAAGUUGGAAGACCUGCGUCACGCUGUCAAACUGGCAAGAAUCCAUUUUAUCCGGGUCUUUGCUCAACACGGGAGGUAUAUAGCCCGAACUACUGAUCAAUCAGUGUGUGUAGAUAUUACGCUCAGGUAGAGAACUGCCAAGUACUCAAAAAACACUGUCUGUGUUGUAUUUUACAUAAGUUUAUAGUUAAUAUUAGUUGUAGUCUUUGUUUACCAAUAAAUAAUAACAAAUUGCAAUAUAA